UUGAAAGUAGAGCCUGGAAUCGUCAACUUCUCAACAGCUGGAGGAAAAUUAAAUGUUGUUCUGAGAAACGAAGUUGGAGCACGAGUUGCAUUCAAAGUGAAAUGCUCAAACAACCACGAAUAUGGCAUACUUCCGAUAUAUGGUUUCAUCAAAGUUUCCGAAACUGCUUCGCUUGAAAUCACACGAUUACCUGGAAAACCAAAAGAGGACAAAAUGGUAAUUUUGUGGGAGGAAGCAAAAGCCAGUUCAACAGAGGCUAAAGACGCUUUCACUAAUCCAACAAACGUGCAAUCUAUUACUGUUCCUUUAAUACAAAGUAGUUCUUGA